AUGGAUCAUAUUCCCCGUCUAUCAGAGGUCCUGUAUGUUGGUCUGUGUCAUGAGAUAGGGACACCGACAGAAGUGGCCAUCAGAAGGGACGUUUUGGACAUGGAGGGCAUGAUAAAGAAACCUAUUCAUAUGUAUAGAGGAUUCGUAUGGAUGUUUAGUGGUAGUUAUAGAGAAGGAUUUCGGUUUGGAUCAUCUGACAGGGAUACAAUGUGCUGGACUUACAACCAUAAACUAAUAACUGACAUCUCUCAGUGCUGGGUUUAUAAUCCAUCAAAACACGAUAUUAUAUUAAUGGAAGAUUCUGGGACACCACCAGGGUUUGUAAGACUAUGCCUUCUGACAUCCCCGAGAGACGAUUUCACAAUAUCAAGUCUCGUACCCUUUAAUGGUGGAGCUUACAUAUCUAGUUCUUUGUGGAGAGAAACAUAUUUUCAAUCCCUAGCGAACGACAGACGUAAUCCAAACAGGAACAUCACCAUCCAUGGUCCUUGUACGAAUAGUUUCUAUGAAUCUAUUGAAAUAGAUCAGGCUGUUUGUUUUGCCACUAAAUGUUGGCCUAAUCUAAUAAGAGGUUGGGUUGACAGAUGUCAGAGACAUAUUUGGCCGUCUAUGCCUGUGUUGGAAACAAUUCUAAGUAAAGGUUGUCACUGUGUACCUAUUGGAAGCAAAAUAUCGCCUUUUAACCAAUUAGAAUGGAGAUUAUCAUUUUCUCAAGCCGAACAACAACUAGUGUGUGCCAUGAAUCAUACACAAUUUCUAUGUUAUGGACUUCUGAAAAUAUUUCUGAAGGAAGUUAUCAAUUACAGGAAGGAACCAUUAUUGUGUUCAUAUUACAUGAAGACCACGACGUUCUGGAUAAUACAACUGGGACACGUUAUAUGGUGCCCGAACAAUUUACUGGAUUGCUUCUGGAUAUGUUUUAAAUAUCUCAUUCAUUGUGUUUAUCGUGGAGUGUUUCCCAAUUUUUUUAUUGCCCAGAACAACAUGUUCAUUAACAAAGUAGUCGGUAUUGGACGUGAAUCUCUUUUACAGCAGCUUUAUCAGUAUUACAGAAUGGGUGUGUCCUGUCUACUGCUUAGUCCGACUCUCAGAUCAAUCCUUGAACCAGCCCUCAGUAGCCCGUCCUUUGUAUUAUCCUCCGCUGAGGGAGAAUUUAUCGAUAAUACGGAUGUUGAUAUGAGUGCUAUGCUAGAAAUAUUUCAGGAAUCGUUUCCUGCUGAAAAUAUAUCUGUUUUUUAUCUGUACUUAAAAUCAUUUAGUACACUUUCAUGGAUAUCACUGUCAUCAUACCAGUCUUUAACGUUACAAUUUUGUACUGCUCAGACUCUUGUUCAAUUAGCUUUCACAAUAGCAAACAGUACUCCAUGUUAUACAUAUAAAAAUUUCUACGUUUUAGAUAGAAUUAUUUGUAACAUGUUGAAACUGGCAUUAAGACUAGGUCCUGUCUCUUAUUUACUUUAUCUUGCAUUGUAUUAUUACAGAACAGGGAGAUAUGAGAAAACACUACAUAUCACUUACCUCACUAAACAAAGAUUAUCGCAAGACUUUAAUAUGUACGUUACUGUUGACAGGCAGAGGUACAAUGAAACUGUAGGUAGUCUCUCUUUGUCUAGGAGGAUGACGAGAGCUUGGAUGAUUAAUGUGCGAUUAUUGGAAAAUAUCCUAUGUAUUGAAGAAUUAUGUUUAGAACAAAAAGCGAGUCAACAAAAUGGAGAGCCAAUGUUACAUUUAUCACCAUUUCUUGUAGUAGAAAUGUUGUCUGUGUUAACUCACUAUAGACAAGGUAGCAGAUCUCAGUGUUUACAGUCACUGACAGACCUACAGACACUCGUGCUCUAUGAUGAUGGGACAUAUGUUCCUUUAAAAACUAGAGACAUAUCCUGGCAAGUACUAGGAAUCUGUCAGCAUGUUGUAGGAGACUUACAUGGUGCCUUACACUCUUACCAAGAAUCGCUUAGACAGAAACCAGUCAACAAAAUACAAGAAGCUACAUGUUUUAGAAUUGGAUGUGUCAAACAACAAUUACAGAGAAAUGAUUACAUGUAA